UUUAUAUCAUAUGUUUACCACGAUAUGACUUUAUUUAGGUUAAUUUGUCAUUUUCGUCGUUCAUAUAUUGAUAAUUCGGUGAACAUGGAUUUAUUACAUUUGACAUUAAUUGUUGCCGACGAUGCGGAUGAUGUAAGAGGUAUAGAAUUGCACAGAAAUAUCAUAAACUUUGUAGUAAAUGAAUUGGACGAACCAUUGCAAAAUAAUUUAUUACAAAAUGAAUGUGGAAUACGAUCAAAGAAUGAAAAUUAUUAUGAAGUAAUUGUACCACAGUACAACGAUUAUGUGUUUAAAGAACAUUUUCGAAUGUCUAGAUUCACGUUUGAGAAUUUAAUACACGUAAUUGGACACGCAAUGCACUCAAAUCAUAACAAUCCUGUAGAUUUAAGAAAAAAAGUAAUGUUUACAAUAUGGAUUCUGGCAAAGCAAGAAAGUUAUCUGUCUGCUGGAGAUCGGUUUAACUUGGCAAAAAGUACUGCUCACGGUAUAGUGAAAGAAAUUAUAAAUAUAUUAGUUCACUUAUUAUCAAAUUUUGUGACAUGGCCGGAUGCAAAAAUGUGUAACAUAAUUUCAACGGUAUUUAACAGACGUUCUCAUGGUAUCUCAGGUGUAGUAGGGAUUAUUGAUGGAUGUCAUAUACCAUGCAAAGCUCCUAUAGACAAUCCUAAUGAUUUUUACAAUCGAAAAGGUUUUCACUCUAUUGUCCUACAAGGUAUCUGUGAUCAUAAAGGACGCUUCAUAGAUAUAUUUGUAGGAUUACCGGGACGCAUGCACGAUGCACGUGUAUUUAGACAGAGUGAAAUUUUUCAAAGAUUAAAACAUCACUUGUUACCACCUGAUCGUCAUAUUAUUGGCGAUGCAGCGUACCCAUUACUAGUGAACUUAUUAACACCUUAUCGAGACACAGGCCAUCUUACUAGAACUCAAAUAAUAUAUAAUACUAAAUUGUCUACUAUAAGAUCAAUGAUAAAACGAGGAUAUGCUUUGUUAAAGGGUAAAUUUUGCAGACUAAAAUAUUUAGAUAUUGCUGAUUUUGAUUUUGGAAAUAAAAUGAUCGCAGCAGCCCGUGUUCUACAUAAUUUUUUAAUAGAUCAUAAUGAAAUUAAUUAUGAAAGUGAUGAAGAAUUGAUAGAGGAAGAGCAAGAAGAGGAAAGAGCAGUGGAAAGAGAAGAAGCAGAUAAUAAUGAAGCGAUAAUAAAAAGGAAUAGAAUAGCGGAAUUAUUAAUACCAAAUAAUUAACUGUACGAAUCGUACUUAUUGUACAAACUCUUUUAUUGUAAAAUUUAUCUUAUAUGUAUCUUUAUAUCACAUGUUGUAAUAUAUUGCAUCC